AUGGAAAUGGAACCUGGGCCUCCUGGAGAUCCGGAAGAUGAAAACCUACCUGAGGAAGUGUUAGAACUAAGAAGGCAAAUGCGCCAAAGGGAGAUUGUAAUAGUGCCAGAUCCAAGAAACUUAGAUAGGCCGGAAGAGGGCCAUAUUAAUGUUAUUAUACAACACCCCUUAAAUGACGAAGCGAGAAGAUUUCUAGAUGAAAUGGUACAAAUGAACCUGCCAAAUGGUGACGCUUUCCAUAACCCUCGUCCGAACCGGAGGAGCAAUAGAUGUAGGAAAUUAGGAAUGCACCUCUGCUUCAUUGUAGGUGUCGUUGUUACCAUUUGUAUGUCUGUGUUCUUGUACAUGAGACAUUUCUACGACGAUAAAAACCCACCACAAUGGAUUAACCUGAUGUAUUCGGUGGUGACCAGACUCGAGGAUUGCUACAAAAUGAUUUCAAAAUUUGCUGAAAGUGACGAGUCUGUCAGUGACGACAAGCAGCUAUAA